AGAGCAAGAUUGUAUUCUCUCUUCCUAAUGUGUCAUUACGCGGUGAAACUUUGCGUUGGAGGAGAUGUCAUUACAGCAUCUGGCUACAUCCGAGACCCCGGAAGUAUAACAUCGAGUGGAGGUCUCUACAAAUUGGGAUUCUUUAGCCCUAAUGGUUCUGCAAAUCGAUAUGUUGGAAUUUGGCAUAACAAGAUUCCUGCAUAUAAUAUCUUCUGGGUGGCGAACAGGGAGACACCGAUUUUAGACUCUUCAGGUGUAGUGAUAAUAUCUGAUGACAGAAAUCUUGUGAUCACGAAUGGAAAGAAGGAAGUAGUUUGGUCGUCGAAUGUUUCGACAUCUGCUGCAAAUAGAACAGCCCAAUUAUUAGAUUCUGGAAAUCUUGUCCUGCUUAAACAAGGUUCAAGCUCCGGGGCAAAUGAUUUGGACAUACUCUGGCAAAGUUUUGACCACAUGUCUGACUCAUUCUUGUCAAAAAUGAAGCUAAGCACUAACGUAAGGACAAACGAGAAGAAGUUCGCCUCAUCUUGGAAAUGCCCUUCCGAUCCAUCAGUUGGAAGCUUCAUGAUUACCCUGGAACCGCUGAACGUUCCUGAAGUUGUCAUUUGGAAUGGCAGCAUCCGGUAUUGGCGGAGUGGUCCAUGGAUGGGUAAAGGUUUCAUUGGAAUAGCCGAGAUGCAGACCGUCCAUCCUGAUGUGUUUAACAUAUUAGCUGCUAAGGAUGGAACUAUGUAUUAUACUUACAAUUUUGCUGAGCCGCAUUUUUCAUACUUCGUACUGAAGCCCAAUGGAAAUUUGGUGCUGCCAUUCUGGCAUGAAAAAGAGAACUACUGGGAAGUUUUUUGGUCGUCUUGGGAGAGUGAAUGUGAUGUUUAUGGCAAGUGCGGGCCGUUCGGAAUCUGCGAUGCCAACACAUCACCUAUUUGCAACUGCUUGAGAGGCUUUGAGCCUAAAAACAUUGAAGAAUGGAGCAGAGGGAAUUGGUCCGGGGGAUGCGUCCGGAUGUCAUCGCUGCAAUGUGAAAGGAUAAACAAUGGUAGCACUAAAGCCGGAAAAAAGGAUGGAUUUAUGAAGAUAGAGAAUGCAAAAGUGCCAAAUUAUGCAAUUAGGGAUUCCCCGUUGGAAGACCAAUGCCAGAAGCUGUGCUUAAGUAAUUGUUCCUGUUUAGCAUAUGCAUAUGAAGCUGGUAUCGGUUGCAUGUACUGGAGCGGAGACCUAAUUGACAUACAGAAGUUCUCCAUGGCCGGAACUGACCUUUACAUCCGACUCAACCACGCAGAAAUUGGUGAAAAGAGAGAUCUGACAGCAAUUAUAGCAACUGCUGUGAUUGUGGGAAUAGUCAAUUUCGUUAUUGCUAUAUGCUUUUGCUGGAGAAGGUGGAAGAAAAUACAAGAAAGAAAAAGCACAGAAAUGCAGUUUUCGGAUAGAGAAGCAUCAUUAGUGGCUUCGGAUAGAAACAUGCUUGGAGAGAAUUUGGGCAAAGUUAAUGUCCAGGAGGUAGUGCUAUAUAAAUUGGAAGAAAUGGCGGCAGCAACAAGCAACUUUAGUGACACCAAUAAGCUAGCACAGGGUGGAUUUGGACCAGUAUAUAGGGGGAGACUGUUAAAUGGGAAAGAAAUAGCAGUCAAAAGACUAUCGAAAGCCUCAAGACAAGGGUUCCAAGAGUUUAUGAAUGAAUUGGAGGUCAUUUCCAAGGUCCAACAUCGAAAUCUUGUUAGAGUCCUUGGAUAUUGUGUUGAAGGAGAUGAGAAUAUGAUAGUUUAUGAGUUCAUGCCAAACAAAAGUCUAGACGCUUUUAUUUUUGAUCCUCUCAAAGGGGAACAUCUGGAUUGGAAGAGACGGUUCAGCAUUAUUGAUGGAAUUUGUCGAGGCCUACUAUAUCUUCACCGGGAUUCUAGACUCAGGAUAAUUCACAGAGAUUUGAAAGCGAGUAAUAUCCUGUUGGAUGAAGAGCUCAAUCCUAAAAUUUCUGACUUUGGAACAGCUAGGAUAUUUGGAAGCAACGAAGACCAAGAAGAUACGCGAAGAAUUGUGGGAACCUAUGGUUACAUGGCUCUUGAAUAUGCAAUGGAUGGGCGAUUUUCGGAAAAAACAGAUGUCUUUAGUUUCGGCGUGAUACUGUUAGAGAUCGUAUCUGGAAGACAGAGCACUGGUAUUAUUGAGGAAGAUCGAUCCUUGAGCUUUCUAGGAUACGCGUGGAAUUUGUGGAAGGAAGACAAUGCUCUAGCACUAGUGGACCCAAAAUUCUCCGUCAGAUACUUCGAAACUGAGGUUGAAAGGUGUAUAAAAGUGGGUCUUCUUUGCACACAAGAACUCGCAAAAGAUAGGCCUACCGUUUCAACUGUUAUUUCGAUGCUCCACAGUGAAAUUGUGGAUCUUCCUGAUCCAAAUCAACCUGCGUUCACUGAGAGGCAAACAACUGGAGAUACAGAUUCCUUGGAACCUAGCCCAGAUGGAUGUUCUAUCAACAAUGUUACUCUCACCACUAUUAUAGGCCGAUGA